GUGUGCGCGUCUCUCUCUGCGCUAACUUGACGCAGCUGUGUUUAGUACAGCCAGUGCUGAACUGUUAUGAUGUGUCAAUAAGUUAAAAAGGUGGACGGCACCAAUGAUGAGAGGCCCCCCCCGGCACCUGAGCAGGAUAUUGGAGGUCAUCGUCAUUGCAUGACAAAGGCUGUGGCAGAUUCAUCUUCAUCACUCAUACAGCAUUUCCAUAGUUUUAUUCUUCAGUGCGGUAGUACCAUGAAGGGGGGAGGAAGGGGUAAGGAACCACCUGUAGCAGGCGAGGUCACUGGCAAGCGUCCCAAACGCAAAUGCCUGCAGUGGCACCCACUUCUCUCCAAAAAGACACUGGAUUUCUCUGAGGAGGAAGAAGAAGAGGAUGAGGAGGAGCUGGAGAAGCAGCCAGUGCUGUGUGGGCCAGACCAGGGCCUGCAGGUGCAGUGUGGAAGCACAACAGAGGAGGUGGAGGAGGAUUCCAAUGAACAGCGUGCACGGCGGCCAAUGAAUGCCUUCCUCCUCUUCUGCAAACGCCACCGCUCCCUGGUGCGGCAGGAACACCCUCGCUUGGAUAACAGGGGUGCCACCAAGAUCCUGGCUGACUGGUGGGCUGUGCUGGAGCCCAAAGAAAAGCAGAAAUACACCGACAUGGCCAAGGAGUACAAAGAUGCCUUUAUGAAAGCAAACCCUGGCUACAAGUGGUGUCCCACCACCAGCAAACCAGUCAAGAGUCCUUCUUGUCAGCCAGUAAGUAAUCCCCGCAAAAAAGUUUGGUCCUUCUCUUCCAACUCAGCAAAGGACUCCACCACUGCCAAGAAAGUGCCCAAAGCGGACAACAUGCCACAGUUAAACUUUGCCAUGGCAGAUCCUACGAAGAUGGGAGGCCUUAGCAUGCUGCUGUUAGCUGGUGAACAUGCCCUCACAAACAGAGAGAUCCCUUCCAGCACUAAACCUAGUUUACCUGACACAGCCAGCGAAGGGAACUCCUAUCCAGGGCAUGAGGAGGAGAUGAUGUCUGGGGCAAUGCCCAACAGAGCGGCUGACGUUACUGAGAGCACGGUCAAGUCUGCCCUUUCCCCGCCAGUUGAGAUGUCUACGUCGUUAUCACCUGAAGGGAAACCAUGCAGACAGUCGGCUCUCUUCCAGCUUGCUGAGAUGUGCUUAGCAUCCGAAGCUGGAAAGAUGGACACAGUGGUAUCUCAACCUGAGGACAGCUCCUCUUCAGCCUCUCUCAAGCAAUCUGCAGCCCAACCCAAGAUCAAGGAGGAGAAAGCAGACGAUGACAACUGUCCUCCUUCCUUUCCCACUCCUACCCUCUCACCUCUGCUCUCCCUCUCUACCUCCACUGAUGCUACGCCUACACAACUCAGCAGCCAAAACGCUCGUGUCAAAAACAAGAGCAAGAAAAAGGAAACAGCCAAGUCGAACGAUGAAGGUGAGGCCUCCUGCUCAGCGAAGAAGUUCAUCAAAAAGUGUGAUCCUGCACAGUCAAACGUGGACAGUGUGUUCAGCACCAUCGAGGCAGUGGCCAAAGGAGUGUGGAAGGAGCCAGAGGAGAAGAAGAAGAAAGUCCAGAGCAGUCCUAAUAGUGGGAACUCGGGUACGCCCAGAAAGAAGAGCAAGCCCAAAGUAAAGAGUUUGGUCAAAGACAAAGAGGAGGAGAUGGAGGAGGAGAUGGAGGAGAACAGAGGGCAGGGCACCUCCUCUGAAGCUGAGCUAAAGGACGAGGUGACUGACGUUAGGACCAAGGCAGAAUCAGAAGAAGUGACAUUUGGAAGCACAGACCUUCAGUGCAGCAUGGCAGAACCCGAUCACUCCCCCUGCAGCUCUUCACCUGCAAAGCUCUUAGAGGAGGACAAAGGAAAGGAGAGGUCAGGUGAAGGGACCUUUGAGUCCAGCACAGAGAACCGCGGCUCCAGGAAGUCCGAGCGGAGCUGUAAAGGGGCUCUGUAUAAGACCCUGGUCUCUGAAGGGAUGCUGACUUCACUGAGAGCUAACAUCGACCGAGGUAAGAGGGGCGCUUUCCGUGCCUCUGACCACGAUGCAAACUGGAGUGAUGACAGCUGGCCAACUUCUCAGAUGGGACCUAAUAACCCCAAGAAGCUAAAGAAGUCAAAGUCUAAAGAUGACUCAUCACAGGGCCUCGGGAAACUGGAGGAGGAGUUUGAGAGGAAGUUUAACAGCCUUCCCCAGUAUAGCCCCAUGACGUUUGAUAAGAAGGGGAUAACUGUGGCGAAGAAGAAGAAGAGUGACAGCUGCACUGUCCCAGAGGACGUUUCCAAAGCUGUAAAAGGGUCAUCUCCAUCUCAGAAAAAGACUUCAUUCCACAAGAUUAUUAGGAAGCAAAAACACAAAAAGGAGAAACCAGAUGCAGUGGAAAAAGCAGCAGUACAGAGUGAUCCCAGUGUACUGGAUUCAGUUUCUAAAGCCAAAUCAUGUGCCCCUGUUACCACAAUGUGCCCCGACUUGCAGGGCACCACUAGUAUGGAGAUGCUAGUUGGUAGCCAGAAGAGGAAGGCAAGGAAGACCAAGAUCACACACUUGGUGCGCACAGCUGAUGGCAGUGUGUCUCAAGCUGAGGAGGAAAAAUCUAGGGACCUGACCCAGGAACAGGAUAUGAAGCCAUUACCCCAACAGAAUUUAUGCAAUGAAGAAGGGUGCUACAGUAAUCCCAGGGCAGAGGAGGCGGAGGCGGCGAGGAGCAUGGCACCCCAGGAGCUACCUGCUUUCUUCAGCCUGGCAGCCCUCGCUGAGGUCGCAGCCAUGGAAAACGUUCACAGAGGCCAGAGAGGAUUGGCCGACAGUCAGAAGAAAGAGCUCGCCCAGACUCCGGUCCUCAUCUCCUGUGCUGAUCAGUGAAACUCUGCUGCUUUUAGGAGAAGCCACAACAUGGACACUGGAAGUGGAGCUUCACUUUCCCUGGUGGUAACCCUACGCUAAAGGGAGACUUGAUAUGGAAGUGUGGAUGGACUCCAACUUCCCCCCUUGUGGUGAAUUUACUUGAGCUGGGGUUCAUGUUGGAGAUCGAGCCCCUCUCCUCCGUACUCCUCGCUAUCUCAGUGUUUCCCCUGAAGCCUUCCUUUGGCUAGAGGAAGGAUGCCUUUUCUGAACUCCUCACCCCCCCCCCCCCCCCUUUAGAUGCUCUGUUAGGGCCUGUGGAAGAACCAAACUGUUCCCCCAGUGCAUGGCUUCCCUUGUAGAGAUGGAUGUCAUGGGUUAAUUGUACCCUGUUUUAAGGUCAAGUCUUGCAAUUUAAUAAUAGCAUUUUAGGUAAACACAACGCAGCAUUGGUUUUAUAGAUAAAAAAAACACAGCUUUCCGUUACCUUUUUACCUCACACACACGCCUACUGAAGAGUUCCCUCCACCUCUGCUAGAAUACCUCUGUAUUUAAAAAGCUCUACUCCAUCCCUUUCCUUCCAGCUUCAACCCAAAAUGACUUUAACCAGGGUAAAUGACUUCCAUUUACAAACUGCCCACUGCGUGUGUCCCUUUGGUGCACUCAUGUGGUGUUCUUAAACUAACUAGGAAAUCAUGGUGGAGUGUUUGUUAAGAUAAUGCUACUGUAACACAGUACGUAGUAGCGCCGUAUAAUCAUGUUAGACUGAAUGUGUGAGACCUGCACAUCCCCACGCACCUGGACUAGAGUCGACUAUAGCUGAAGCUGUUUGUCAUGUUAACCAGAACUAGUGGAUUCACAAAGUUCCUGUCAGGCUUAAGAACUGUUUCUUGUGAUGGGGAGGUCGUGUGAAAGUGAUUUAAUUAUAGCCUUAACCCUCCCGCCUUGAUCUGCACCCCCCCCCCCCCCCCUCCCCCCCCCCCCCCCCACACACACACACACACACACACACACACACACACACACACACACACACACACACACACACACACACACACACACACACACACACACACACACACACACACACACACACACACACACACACACACACACACACACACACACACGACCAGCUCGCGACCAGCUUUUUUGCUCAAUGCCAUCACAGUCCUAAAUUUGAUGUAAAAAACAUUUUGGAUAUUAAAAUGCAGUUUUUGUCACUACUUGAUCUUAUUGCAGUUUGCGUAGCAGUUAGGAAGGUUAACUCUUUGUGUGCAAACGUCUUUUCUGGAAUAGGUGUUUUUGGUUUGGUUUGUUUGUAGAGGAUACAAACACUGCACUAAUUUGUAGCCGAAGUUGCUCUUGGAAGUGUGAUGAAAUGCUUUGUCUCCAGCGGUCACAGUGUUUCUUCAACACAGCCCCUCAGUAGUGUCUUCUGUGUCCUCGGGGACCGGGCUAAAGCUGGACACAUGAAAGUGAAGUUUGACAAUCCAAAACAUGAUUUUUAACAUAACUCAUAAAAUGAGUGAUUUGGAAAUAACUAAAAUCAGAGCAUGCUAUUCAGUGGUUCACAUGGAGGCAGAGCAUUAGAAAACAACCCCCCCCCCCCACACUUCUUUUCCUAUUGGCCUUUUGAGAUUUUAUUGCCAAGUAAUGGUCUACUCAGAGGUCACAUUCAAUCAAUGUUGUUAUCUUUAGAUGUAUUUAUAUUUUGAAGAGAUUUUUUUGUUCUUUAUUCUUAUGUUGAUAUUAGGUCCGUAUCAUUCCAUUUCCACGCCUCUGUCUUGGCCAUACCUUUUGUUUACAGUUCAUCAGCUGUAGUAGUGAAAAUAAGGACGCAUGCAGUUACUGUAAGCUGCUGGUUUGUUUUCUUCCCGAGGGUCGAAGGAACCUGGAAGAGCUGCCGCGGGAUAAUGGAGGUCAACUAAGAGCUACACUGAGGCUAUGUUCAGACUGCAAGAGAAAGAGACCCAAAUCUGAUUUAUAUGCAAAUAUGUCACUCAGAUCCAUUUUUUUUAAUCAUGAUAUGAACAGCAUGAAUCACAUGAAAUCAGAUUUUUUUUUUCAAAUCAGGCUCGUGCCACAUUCAUAUGAUCGUGAUCCUAAAUCAAUACCACCUCAGUCUCAACAGCCAGGUGUGAACAUAUUAGACUGUGAUGUCAGUAUUCUGCGCUGGCAGCAUGGGGCCACUAACAUGGAUCACAGCUGUGAUGGAGGUAGUCAGUGGAGCUAGAGUCUCCUCAUUUCCACGGCAACGCUCAUGUGAAGUAACGGUCAACUCUCCUCCUCAUGCAGAAAUGGUGAAAUAUUUCUCUGGUGUAUUAAUAAUGUGUCAUAUCAUUCCACAAUGGGAAGCUGUUGUUUAUGCAUUAGAGCAUUCUGGGUAAUUGGAGUACUAGAUUUACAGCAUCUAUAGCUUAUCUUCAUCUACAGCAUCUAAUGCUCCAAUGCAUUACGAUGAACCUGAGCAUGAGAGACAUUAGAGGUCCUGUGCACAAAAAUACAGAUGUGUAAGUGAUUUUAUUUAGAGAGGUAGACUACGGGACAAUCCCAUAUUGAGGAAGGAAGAGCAGGAGAAGACUAAAGUAAAAGAUGUGAUCAGUGAGCAGUUUAUCACAUAAAGCUGUACAGGGAGAAUAAAAGAAGACGCACAGAUAAAACUCCUAUCUCUAUUUCUAACUUUAUAAACAGUGUGAUUUUUCACCUGGAUAGAAUGAUCAGAUCCUCCACAUUCUGUAAAUGAGCGUAAACCAACAAGCAGUUUAUUAAUGCAGUGCAGUCAACGUGGAUCUAUUAAUGAUGCCAAUCGUUCUGUACGUUUUUCUUUUAGCUGUUGAAAUAGACUCCAGUCUGCUGUGUAGUAGAUAAACCAACAGAACCCAUGCAUAUGGCGCUUUGUGUGACGUCUUUGUUCUUCUGUGCUGCAUGUGGAUCCAUUCAGUGUCCUGUUCACACAUGAUCUCAUACAGGCCUUCUUUUUUCAAAAGUAACAGCCAAACAAAAUGAUUGUAUCACAUCAAUAAGUCUGAAUUGAGCGUUCAGCCUUGCAGUGUGAACAUAGCCUUCCUCUCGAGCAAUACCCCUCACCUCCUUGCCCAGCAGCCUCUCUGUUCCUCUGUGUAGACCAAUACUUAAAUUAAGUUUAACCACGUUUCUAACUUUUCUAGAUCUUUGUUUUCUCUUUGAUCAUGUCUGAGUGUGUGCAUAUGUGAUGCUCUUUAAAGUAGGGCCUUUUAACCUUUUUCUUCUUUUUUUUUAGGUAUUUUAAAGUUCAAUGUUUUUUUUCCCCUGAGGUCAAGAUUACUGGAUAAGAAUGUUGUCAAAAGAGAUCAAGUUCAUAGAUGAUGCAUGUUUCUAUGCUUACCUGCUACAGUAAGCAAACAGGCACUGAGAUACAUGCACAGUCUCUUCACCUCUGGAGGUGUGUGUUUGACUGUAACUGCUUCAUGUUUUUUUGAUAAGUGUGUAGAGGUGCUCCGAGUGCUUUUUUUGACUCUUUCUGACAGGACAGACAAAAAAAAGUUUGUUUAUCUUAAGAUAGUAUUUUCCUAAAUGAAGGCAUUGUUACAUAGUAAUGAUGUUUAGCUUGUGUAAGCCCUUGUGUGCAAAUAGUACGUGCAAAGAAUCUAUGAUUCCUCUCUAAAUUUAUGUUUCAAAUCUAGCGCAUAUGUUUCCCAACUAAACUGAAGGAAAUGACAGAAUGCUUUACAAUAAUCCUAAUAAUAAUUAUAUAUAUAUAUUUUUAAGAUAUGAGAUAAAAAAUAACAUCAAGGUUCUUCCACUGGUGGACAUUAGUGUAAUUCUUUGCAAAGACAAAGAAAUUGUCUUCCCCCCUAAAAAAAAUAAAGAAAUAUAUUUGCUUUUAGGAAGUGAGUUUAUUGACAUUUGCCAAAGAAAAGGGAAAGGUCUAAUGAAAAGAGAACCUGUUUAGUUGUUUUUUUUCUGAUAGAAAGUAAACAUAACGAUUGCACUGCUUUUUUUUUAGGUGUGUAAAUCUUCAGGUAACAAUAUCAGCACAAUUCAUCCUGCGUAUCUUAAAGGACUCAGUAUUUGAACCCAGAGUUGGAAGUGCAACAACAAGGCACCACUAAAUGCCUCUUUUAAUAUACAGUAUUUGCACCUUAUGACCCAAACCAAAAUAAUCAUGGUAUUUGAAAAAAAUAUAUAAUUUUUACCCUCUCUAUGAAAAUUAUGCAUUUUAACUAUUCUAUAUAUGAGAAUCAAGUCGAUAACAAAUCCACACAUCAACCAAACAGCCAUAAUAAUGUCAUCCCCCCUUGGCCUCACUUUUCUAGAAAAUGCUUCUAUAAAGUCGAAUUCCUAUAUUAGUUACCAAAAUGACUAUAACACCCUAUUGUGCUAGUACUGUCUUCUUGAAUGUAAUCAUUUUGUACCUGUAUUUUUCUAAUUCAGUCUUGAUUGUACUGUAUGUAUGCUAUAAUGAUGUACUGUUCCUUAGGUGCAGAGUUCGUUACGACCAACAGGAUAGCUGCUGUGCUGCGAACUUGAUGGAAAUUUGUGAUUUGAGGUCCAAAUGACUUACUGUACGUUGAGACUGCUAAGUGAGAGAUUCUUGCAUUUUUUGAAUGGUAGGAAAACAGCUUUUCCUGAUUUGCUACUUCUCUUUCCUUUUUUUGGUAAAAGUGAAAGUCUGUUCAGGACAGUUUAUAAAACAGGGACGCUCCUGCAAUCACAGAACGACUGAAUGCUUGAGUUUCAACUUAUUUAUUACUGUUCCUUUUUAAAGGUUUAGCUGAAUAAUAAAAAAAAAACAAUAAAAUAUACUGAACUGAAUAUGCAUCCAUUUAUACAUGACCAUGUAUAAGAGUAUCUACCCUUUACUGGAAUGUAGAUUAUGGCUUUUUUUGUGAACAAGAGGUUAUAGCCAGAUCUUUGAAGUCUCUUUCCUCUGAUAGUUUGUACGUGUUAAAACUUAUUUAUGUCACUAGUAAUCAUCAUGACUGAUAUGUUUUAUGAUUGUUGCAGCCCAGUUGUUAAAUGCAGCCUUGCCUUACUGGACCCCCUGCUUUGUGAGGGAUCCCUCAGUCACCUGUGCGCCCUCUGUAUGCCACAACACCCCCCCCGACCCCACUCACAACUUUUAUGUCAUAACACUGUUUGCCGAUGCAACUAUUAUUCCUUUUACAAUUUCUGCUGACGCAACUAUUACUUCUUGAACACCUAUUAAAAUAGCAUCUACUCCAA